GCCUCAACCCGAUUUGACAAGACCGGUAACAAAUCAAGUACCAAGGCAUAACUUCAGAUCAAUAAAAAUACAUUCCAGACAAAUUUUCCCGAAGUAUAGACAACUAAACCUUUGAAGAAAAAUGGUGCUUCUUAUCUGUGUAGAUGGAUCUUACAAGAGAAAUGGCAAAUGAAUGCCGUGAAAUAACAUCUAAUGGAAUAAUACAUAAAAAUGCGCCAUUUCGGACUGGACCAAGGGAUUUGACAUUAAUGUUAUAGAAAAAACGUCAUCAACACUAUUAGUAUGUUAGAAUACGAUAACACUUAUAUACUUAAUAUAGUUACUGUAUGAAAACGAAAAAGUGUCUUCAAAUACAAUAUACCGACUGUACGUUGCUUUGUGUUUUAGAUGAACGAAUGUGCAAUCAACAUUUUAACAAAAAAAGUAGUGCGUUUAUUCAAAUAGCUAUGCAGUAGUAAUCGCGAGAUAUGUGUGAACAAUCAAUGCGGAUAGUAUAUAUUGAAAGUAAACAUGUGAGUGAUAUGAUCCCGUCCAGUGCGUUUUUGGGAAUUUAGAAAAAAAAUGUUGUUCUUGUUGUUUUGAGUUUCCUUCCGCGUCAAGGCUGCAUUAUGUUGGAACAAUACAGACAGCAUGUUGCAUUUGCUUGUUUCUGAAUAAAUCAAGAUGGGCGAGACUUCAACGAGAAAGUUCAGCGGAACUUCAAUGUGAAUUGUCGUUAUGCACAUUCCUUUAUAAUAAAUAUAUUAUUGUAAUAGUAUUAUAGUAAACGGGAUCUCGCGAUAUUUUGGUGCAGAUCUCACUUAACGAGACUUCAACGAGAAUGUACCUGGAAACGCUCGAAUUCUGAAUUUUUGCGCGCAGCAUGACGCAUGAGGUGAAAGUAAUACUUUUCCCUCGGAAACGUGUGUUUUAAUCAUUUUAAAUCGCAUUGACUGCUAUCACUGCCUUGUCAGUGAUCGACAGCGGACUCCCUAUCAGCAAUUAAUCGGAACUUCCCCAAUGCAAGUUACUGGCUGCAUAGGAAUCAAUUGCACAAAACCGGCAGAUAAUGGCUAUGAACUUCUUCUGCUGGCGUUGUUGUUUUAUUUUUGUGUGUGUUCAUUUUGGUGCUGUUUGUAAAGGAAGUUGUAUGCGUUUGUGAUUAUCUUGAGUAUAAAUACACGGGGUCACUGAAAGCGUCUUCAAACGUGAUGUGUGUUUGCAAAAAUCCGAGAUUAAAUAUAUGGUGAUAAAGAUAUUGAAAUGGUAACUGGAAGUAUCUUAAUAUCCGGUCGCACACGAAAUUUAUUUGUGAAAAUUUGAUGGAAAACGAAACCCGAGAUGCAUGCGUGGAAUUGAGAAUGCAUGCACAUGAAUUGGCAAUGCCUUUCUGCAUUAUGUUUCCUGCAUUUAAAUGCAUACGUUGAUUGAAAACAGUACUCGACAAAUUUGACAAUGUCAAAUGCAUUUAAAUCCGGAAGUAUUAGAAAACGCGACGACGCCAUUUCCGGAAAACGGAAGUGUAUUGAUGUGAAUUUUUCGCAAAUCGAUGACGUCAAAAUGAAACGUGGGCCAACUACGCAUGAAAAGAGACUAACGGGGCUAAAAUCGACCUCGAGCACAGGACAAACUCGGUUACCAAGUAAUAAACCGAACGCUAGUAAAGGAACGAAAACUAAAAUUGUAGAAACGACAUCUCUGACAGCAGAUCGCAAAAACGUUCUUUCAAGCAAGCCCGCCAAUCAAAACAGUUUCACCUUGACAGCGUCGGUGACGGUUUCUGCAAAAACUCACACAAAAAUAGUUUCACCGACAUGUUUACCUUCAAACGUUCCUGUGUGUAACAUUGUUAAUGACAAUAGUGUAAAUAAUAACAAAUUAACCAGUAAUGACGGAUCCAUCGGUCGAGAUGACAUCAUCAUCUGCACCGAAUCAACCACAGACACUUUAUGUGAACUUGUCAAUGACAAAAGUAGAACCGACUCGAUUGAUUUUGUUGACCAAGAUGGCUGUGACAGUGACAUAUGUUCAACCAAUCAAACUCGAGAAAAGGUUCAAAACCAUUCCAACAGCCAAUCCGAUAACAGGGAUAAUCAGGCAAAUUUAACUUCUCAUAAUGAAAUGGUAGGCCAAUUAUCACAAGAUCAAGACACGGAAAACACAACGACACAUUGCAAUCUGUUCGAGCAAAAUCAAAUUCAAGGCACGACGAGUAAAACGCCUGAAAUAAAUGAUAAGUGCGAAUGGUCAAAAGGGGCACAGUCUAGACAAGUCGGCUCAAAGAUGCCCUUUGGCGAGAAACGGGCGAUUGUGAAACGACAAGUUCAAUGCGGUCUAACAACUGUAAAGGAAACAACUGUUUUAAAGUCGGACCGUAAUUUAUUAAUUCGUAAAUCCAAUGUUUCUGUCGAAUCGAAAGCGGUGCGGGCGAAAGUCCGGAAUCCAGCAUCUAAUCAUUUGCAGACAACUUCCAAAUUUGCAGCUUCCAAACUUUCAAAGAACAUCACCAACGUUUCUGAUACAAACAGUGGCAAGUCCCAAACAAUCAAGAAACGUGUAGGGCAUAACGACAACAAAAUAUCGACAACGGCAGUCGCUGACCCGGGCAUUGUAAAUAAAGAUCAAAAUCUCUCUUUACUGACGAAAGAACGCUUAGACAUUGCCACGGCCGGAAAAAUAAGUACUAAUGCUAAAAGUAUCAAAACUGACAGGAAAGGUACCGAUUCAAACAAGUCGAAUAAAACAGUACGACCGAACUCUUAUGGGCAAAGUUUUGUGAAUAAAGAAUGCGUUGACGAUUAUAAUAUGAAAAUAUGCAGCAAAACUUUCUCUCCAAAACCCACGUAUUCUCCUAUUUCUACAGGAAAAGACGCUUGUUCGAGCUCAAGGUCAUCAACGCCUAGUUCUGGUUCCGGUUCUUCAACCGGAGGUUAUAUUAGUAAGCCAAAAACAAGUACCUUAAAGAAAAAAACACCGACAAGAGAACAUAAGCAAUCCGCAGAAAGGGUUGCAGAUCAGAAACACGAAACUGUGGUUUCUACAUCUAUUAAAGUGUCAGAACAAUCUGUACCUAACCUUUUGCUUAAUUCGCAGACAAAAAGUAGUAUGAGGAAAGAUUUAAAGAAACCGUGCAUUGAAAAGUCAUCAAGGACCAAUACCAAAACUACUCAAGAACCAGCGCGAAAUAGUUCAUCACUGCCAAGGGACACAACUGCAACUAAUACUCGACCAGAUAUUAAGCAGAGUAGCUUCUCUUUGACUAUCAGUAAAAACGAAAGACAUAUACUAGACGCCCACCCCGUUUCCGGACGAGCAAAUUCCGGCAAUAAAAGUAAAUUUGCCAAAAUGACAGCUGCUGCCAAAGUUUUUAUUCCAAAGAAAAAUGGCUCCUUGCGAACGCAUAAAUUACAAAAACUGGGAGCGAAUUUAUCACACAGUUCGACAGUUACAGAUGCCGAUUCCAAAACAAUGUCAAAUAAAUUUCAGCAAUCAAAUGAAGUAGAUGUAUUAGAUAAUAUAUCAGUUAAUGCAUCUGUGAAAGUAAGAGCGAGUAGUGCGAAGGAAAAGAUAGCGUUGCCGUGCAGAUAUCGUUCGCAAUGCGCGGACGCGAACUUUACAGAUUCAAACACGAUUAGCGAUGCCAAUCACGUCCAUGCGACGUCAUCGAGUCAAGCAAAACCUGACAGUUUUAUUUUUCCAACAAAAUCUUGCCUUACCGAUCUCAGAAAAGUAAGCGAUAAAACGUUGUCUGUAGCUGCGAAUAAUUACGGUACGCAUUUAGGACGAGAAUUACCAACGGCAUCGGAUGAUAAUGUAACGAUAUCGCAUACAUGCUGCGAAAGUGUAGACAAUUUGCACGAAAUUACGCGAAAUGUAGAUUUAUUGAGACAGUGCGGCGAUGGAGAAAAGAAGCAUGUGUGUAAAUCCAUAAACGACAGACAUGUUGUUAUUUUCGCACCGGAUUAUUGCACAGGGUUUCGCGAUAGCUCCAGCCAUUCUGGUCAGAGCUUUCCGAGCAUCGACCUCGCUUUAAAGGUCACUAAUGAUUGCUUAUCAACAAGUGCCGAAACGGCUCAUUUGUUGGGUAUGAGCAUAGAGUGCAACAUGGAAAAUAGCUCUAGAAAUGAGCAUGUACCGGAUGAUGUGGACUCCGUGGUUUCUUCGAAUGGCUUGGAAGAUCAUGUUUUAUCUACGUGUCAUUGUGCUCUACCACAGUCCUACUAUUGCGAUGACGACACAUGUCUAGUUUUAGAUGACAAAUGUUACACCAAAAAAUACGGGGGUGGUGUAGAGUCUGAAAUAUUCGGGGAUAUUUUUGCAAACCGUUUGAUUGAGUCUGAAAUAUGCGGAGAAGACGAACACAUAGGAGUGAAAUCUGAAAUAUCCGGAAAUAUGUGUGAAAGUGGUAUAACUGAGUCUAAAAUAUGCCGUGAUGUAAAAGACAACUGUAUAACUGAGUCUGAAUUAAUUAGGGACGUGCAAGACACGUGUAAAACUGUGUCUGAAAUGUGCGGUGACCCAAAAGACACAGGUAUAAAUCAAUGUAAAAUAUGCAGUGACAUAAAAUGCACGUGUAAAACUGCGUCCGAAAUAUUCCGCGAAGUUCAAAACACGUGUUUAAAUGAGUCUAAAAUAUUCUGUGACGCAAAAGACACUUGCAUUAUUGCGUCUGAAAUAUGCCGUGACGCACCAGACACGUGUUUAACUGAGUCUGAAAUGUGCAGUGACUCAAAAGACACGUGUCUAUCUGAGCCCGAAAUAUUCAGUAGCGCAGAUGACACAUGUAUAUUUGAGUCUAAAAUAUGCAGUGAAGUUCAAGGCACGCGUUCAUGUGAAUCUGAAAUACGCGAUGCUAAGUGCAAAACCUGUGAUGUAGGCAUGACACCGUGUGUCUCAGUGUCAGACCAAAGCAUUGAUUGGCAGCGAGAAUUGUCUGACAGUCAGGUUCGUGUGUGUUAUUUGAACAAUGAAGACGGUCCACUGAAACACAAUGGUAAGGAAAGUGAGCACCCAAGUAGCCAACAGUUUCCUGCAGAGGAACGUAACGUAUACGAGAAUGACGUGGCCGUGUAUGACGUCGAUAAAUCCGUUUACGUCGCUAAAGGAAGACAAGACUCUAGGCAAGUCAUACAGCUCGCAACAUCCGUCUGUCAGUAUAAAGAAAUCUCCGCCUUAGAGUUCGAGGUUGAUGCAGGGGAGCACUAUGCCACAGCCAACCGGAAAUGAGACGUGCGAUGCAAGACAGAAGACAUGCAGUUCCGAAUCGAUUCAUUUAAUUAGUGUCAAAGAAAUGGCUUCACAUUUGAAGGCUGCAGAUAUGAAAUCUGAGCAAAUUUCACUGCAGCGAAGGCAAGAAUGUGAUGAGACAGGUGCAGGUAUUUUAAAAGCUGAAACUAAAAGACAAGGAGAUUCAUUUCAAGUGCCACCCGUCGACAUCCCGCCAGAAAUCUCUUUGUGUGGGAGAAUGACGUCAGUCGCCGAUAAGCACCAAGGCUUCGUCGAUUCUUGUUGUCUGAUAGACAAUAACUUUGCAGGGCAAUCGACAGACAUGUGUUCGUCUUCGAUGACUUGCAAGGAAAACGUGCGUGAUAAAAAGCAUUUGGAACAUUUACGUGAUAAAAAUUCCUUUUCUGGAAGUGAGAAAACUACUGACUUUUCACCUGACUUGACGAGUGAAGUUGUUUUGGAAAGUGACGUUCCAAAAUGAAAGGGAAAUUCAAAGAAUGAAAUGUUUGUUUUGUAGACAAAGUGCAGAAUUGAGUGAAACUAAAUGUGUAAAUGAACAUAUAGUUUUAAAUAAGAAUUGCAUUGAAUACUGUUCAGAUACCGAACGAACAACAUUAAAAUUGGAGUCGGAUAUUGGUGAUAAUUCAACGUCUGUGACGUCGACGUCAGUUUCAGCGUUAACGUCAGGAAUAAAAGUUAUUUCCGCAGACUCGCACGACGAAGACGGAAGAACAAUCGCCUGCAUUGCUAAAAAUGGAACGUCAGGUGAACAAGACGUCAAAACUAACGUUGAUCAUUGUCAAGUAGAUGACGUUACGGAAACGUUAACGUCCAUUUGAUACGGUAACGUCUACGUCUAUUUAUAACUCGGGUAACACACGGUCUUCAAGUACCAAACAAACGUCAUGUACGGAUAUAACUAUACAAGAAGAAAAUAAAAGGCUUUGUUCAAUAGCGGAGGAUGUAACGGGUGCAUUGUGCAACGAUAAAGUGUAUGGCACACGUCAGUGCUACGUGACCGUUACGACUGACGCGAGUUCUGAUUCAGGUUUGUAAUCAAAAUUCUUACGGAACUCUUCGCGAAAAUGUCGUAGCGGAAAUAGAGGAGCCGUUUUGCCUACACCUUGACAACGACGUAAUAACGGAUUGCCGGAAGAUUGAAAAUGACGGCAGUAAAGACAAGUCCGACGUAACGGUAGACGUUGAAACAUGUUAUCAUUCUCAACAAAAGAGUUCGUUGACUUCCAUUCAAUCUACAACUGGUAAUACCCACUUCUUGACAUGUCACGCUGAUUCGACGUUAGAUUAUACGUCAUGCAACGACGUUCAACGUCCGACGUGUCAUCAGCCGGAUAUAUCUGAUUAUAUUGCAAACAAUUUGGCAGGAUUUUCAAACAAAGAAAACGAUUCCAAUUUUACACCUAGUGAUAGGUUAUUUCAGGAGGAAAAUAACAAAGAAGGAAAUAAUAUCCGCAAUAAAUGUGGAACGUGUUUGAAAAGCGUGAAUGAUUCAUUGUGCCAACAGCCUGAAAAAUAUAUCUCUGCCGAUUUGCAGGAAAGUUUCAUACCUGUAAAUUAUGUGGAACAAAUUAUUACAAGUGAGGAACAAAGUUUUCCUGAAAUAGAUGAGUGUAAAUACUGUAUGUAUCAGGAUCAUCAUCGCCAUUUCAUUAAUAAUAAAUUUAAUCGAGGUUCUACCUGUUUCCAAGAAGCGAGCACAGCUAGUGGGAUGUUAUACAACGACGCGCGCCUGAGUCUUGAUGGCGGAUGUAAAUCAAAUUGUAUUGAAACUGAUCCGAAUAAAUAUGCUGGAUUACCGCAGAGAAAUUAUCCCCCGUGUCAAUUAAAUAGAUGUAAAACAGAUGGUGAAUUUCUUUUGAACUGUUUCGUUAAUGAUUUUACAGAGAAGAUACAGUUGUGUAAAGGGAUAUUAUUAACCUGUUGCAAAAUUAAUUGCUCCAAGGAAUUAUGUUUAUUGAGCGUCGACAAAAAUCAGACCAAUGACAACAGAAACUUAGUCAGUUGUUUAUUGAACACCGAAAGUCAAAAUAAUCAAAUUAGAGAGGGAAAUAGAAAUAAGGAAAUUAACAUAAGUGAUUCAGCUAACUUAGAAUAUUCAUGUAUUAGAAGUUCGAUUGAAUGUAAACAAGACGAUUUAUUUCAGUCGAAAACGAGCGAAAUCGUGGCAGAAAGUUCAGCCGAUAAAUGCGAAACAUCUGAUAACCAUAGUUUAUUUAAAGAACAUGUUAUUUUGGAAUGUGAUAACGCGAUAAAAUUCACAGCAUGUGCCCACUGUGGGAUGGCGUUGACUGAUACGUCAUUUUUUAGUAAUUUUAAAACUGAUAUUCUUCCCUCAUCAACGGACCGUUGCAAGGCGCACACUUUAAGCGCAAUAAAUGUAGCCGAAAAUUCCGCAGAUUUUACGCGAAAUAAAUUUUGUACCUGCAACCAGCGGCGCGAAGGUUAUGAAAAUUUGAUAAGAAAAAACAUACGUACAGGCAUGAGCUUUCAUGAGGAGGGAAUAAAUGAAGAAUCUUCCGCUCUAGAUUAUUGGAGUGAUAAGAGGGACCUAUCUGAAAAGUCACGUGACCUGAAUAAUGAGAUGGCUGAAUCUGAAUUUGCCUGGGAGUGUACCUGGUAUUCGGAUGAGCACAUGUCGGACAAGAAAUCCUUUCAAAAUUAUAAUCUUAAGUAUUAUCGCGAUGCCCAGCCAGAUAAAAUGUCUGGCUUAUCUCCCGUUAAAAUUACUACACAGAAAUGUAUAGCUAAUCAAGUGUUUCCUGAAGAAAUCAAAGAGUCACGCGAUUCUAUCGCGGGAUUUGAAUCGCGUCGGACGCAAAAAAUAUCCGGGCAUGAGGAAUAUAAUUGCAUUGUUCGAAGUGAAAGCGGUGCAAGUUUGAAUGAGCGGCGCAUAGAUUGUAACUUAAGUACUUUGGAAGCAAGUCGUGACCGCGAUAGCAGAAAUGAAAUAAAUUUAAAUCAACCAGAACAGAGCCUGCAGUCUACGCGUGAGCACGGGAAGUUUGAUGUUAGUGAUUCAAAAAUCUCUGCAGAAUGUAAAAUAGAGUGCCAUGAGCUCGGUUUGAAUCAAACCAAUUUUAGUUUAGGAUUUAAUGAGUGUGAAAUAUUGCAACCACCUUGUGAAAAGACGUUCGCUUCUGCAAAAACAGAGUGCCCGUGUUUAUCAACGUACGGGGCAGGACUUAAUCACCUGGAAUUUUCAAAUCAAGCAAGUGGUGGAUUAGCAAAUGAUAACCCAGUUUCCACUUUGGGCGCCAGAUGUCAUAUUUCUAAAAUUGUUAAUAACGCUUCUGAUGUGAGUUCCAAUCAUUUACAAAGCAAUCGCUCUUUGGUGCUGAAGGACGUAAAACUAUCAGACAUCGAUGUCGCGGACUUAAAUUUGGUGUGCGGAUUCAAGGGACACGUUUUGGAAAAUUCUGCGGAGAUUUGUGCAGAAUUAAAUCAAAAUAAAUAUUCUAAUAAUAUUAUUUCAUCUUCGGAACACGUUGAAGGAAGUGUAAACAACGAAACUACAAAUGACCUUGACCUGAUCGAUGAGACGUCCAGGACUGACGUGAAUGAAACGGAUACGACGUCGUCUAAUCAGAGGUUAAGCCUAACAAGCUCCGGCUCUUGUGUUUCGGAUUCUUCUGAAAGAUUUGUCGACGCUCCGGAGGAGCCAUUGGACUUAAUUAUUGAAAGCCAUUCGACACAUGACGUCAUUGAUAACGUUACGUUACCGGAACAAGGUAACUUAAGUCAACAUACUGUGCAAAGUGAUCUAUUAAGUGGUAUAGGUGAACGCAAGCAGGAAAAUAGUUCAGAUGAAAGUGACGUCAUAUUAUGCGACACCUCAUUGACGCCAUCGUCGACAUUUGGUCACGAGCUGUUAAAGUUGGAAGCCGGUGAGUGUCUGUAUAAGUUUUCAAAUAAAAGUUCAUCUGUCGACAGUUUUCACGACGCUGUAGAACAUUUGGACGACGAUUUUUUAACGUCAUUUAAUACGUCGACGUCAAUUCGUGAGGACACCGACGACACGUCGUCUUUGACGUCAUCGAAAUCCACAACGUCAUUGGAUAAUUAUUCGGAGUGGGACGACUUUGAUGAUGAUUUAGAAGACAUUUUGAAAUAUGACGAAACCAUGGCGAACGAACGAACGGACGAACGUGAUGAUUCUAAAAUAGCGUUGAAUCAAGCUUCCGCCGGAAAUAGCUCGGUGUACUUCAGACGAAAUAUUUUGAAAGAUAACGCAUAUCUGAAAACGGUGGCCUCCGCUAAUGGCGAUGUGAGAUAUGCGCCGACAUCAAGGAAUAUAUUGAGAUCAAAUGAUGCGCAAAAAGAUUCCGUUUCAAAAGUUAUCGGAAAUAUUAUUUCUAAAAAUAACUAUGAUAGACAAGUUCAGGAAAAUGGUUGCUCAGGUACUGAACGUAAAAACGAUGCUGGUUGCGGUUUUAAACAACAGAACGACGUCAAUUUUACUCACACUGAUGCGAGUAAAAUGCGUGACGUCAUUUCAGAAACGUCAAAAGGUCAACUCAACAAAAAUAACGAUAAUGCGAGUGCGUCAUCAGAAAGCGGAAAGGACGUAAGUACAAAGGUGUCAUGCGUUAAUAAAAACGACGUUAACAUUAACGUAGCGUCAAAAAUUGAGACAGCAUUAGUAAAACGUAACGAACGGCGACGUCGUAAACGGAUUGAACGUCAGAUUAACGGCAUGACGUCAGGCGUCACAUGUUCAACUCACGUAGAAUCCUCCGAGUCAGGCGUGCACAUAUUUCGUGAAGAAAAAAAUCAAGCAUGCAUAAUAACGCACAAUGAAUCAAUUCAUGGAAGUUCCGUGCAAAAUUCUUCAAAUAUUGAGACAGUUUGUCAGAAUACUGAUAAGCCCCAAUCGGGCUGGAAAACAGAGCCUGUUUGUGAAACAAAAUCCGCACCUGUUAGUGAGAAAUUAAAUAUUACUGAUUCUGAUUCUGCUUCAUUAAAACAUAAUGCAUCUUCUUUGAAGAAAUUAAAUGACCCUGAAUACCAGAACGCGGAAAAUAAAUGCGCUGCAACAAAAAAUACAGCGGAAGUCGCAUGCUUGGAAAUCGACCUUCAGAUAAACAAUAGUAUUAAAAGUGAAAGUGAUGACUAUCCGAUGGAAGAAAAACUAGUGUGUAAGAACUGUGAGAAUAAAACGUCAAAUAUGGAAACGGGUUUUAAGACUUCCAUUUCGGACAAAGUUCAAAAUUUUAAGGAGAACGAAUUAGACGACAUUGAAUUUAUUGAUGCAGAUUGUACGGACGCUAUUGAAGAUAGUAACCGGCCUGUCAAUGACAUAAACAUAAUGCAAAAAGGACAAAAUCCAGAUCACGUGAUGACGUCAGAAAGUGAUGGCCUUGUGACACAUUGCGUCAUACAUGAUGACGUAACUGUUGCCAAGGAGGAAACGCCGUCGCCGAAUGUGACGUAUACGCUGACGUACGAAGAUGAUGACCGCGCGGAGGCGUUUGUUUAUGAAGUUGUAAGAGAGGAGAAGAGUAAAGCAAACAAUGAGUGUAAUCACAGUGAAUCAUGCCAUGACACGGUCAGUGACACCAGUCAUCAAUCUGCUGAGGCAUCCCGCCACCAUUCUGAUACCAUACCAACGCGAAAUGAUGACGUCAUUAAAUCCAAUGAUGGCGUCAUUAAAUCCAGUGAUGAAAUCAUAAACUCCCACUUAGGCCACAACAUGUCUUCGGAACACACAACCAUGUAUCGCGAUUGCGCCACUGGUUUCCUAAAUGAGAAAGCGACUGAAUCCGUAAUUUGCAACGGUGAAUUAAAAUCUGAAAGUGUUGCAAUUGUUUCAUAUGAAAGCAAUAAUGUCAAGGAAGCUGAGAUUUCAGAGGAGUCAAACAUAUCUGUAAAACACGCACUGGAGUUGGAAAGACAGAAAAUGAAAACUGUAAAAGAAAGUUCUAAUAUGAAGUCCACGUUCACGAACAAAAGAUCGGGCCGCAGGAAUACUGCUGAAAAUAUAUUUGAAACAAACAACGAUGGCAGAGAAGAAAAUGGUGCUAUUGAAUCUAAAGAUGUUGCAAAGAAACCCUUCACGGCCAUAAGAAAAAGUAAAAGCUUUAGAUUUGAAAGAAAUAUUGAACCAGAGAACGUGGCAGCUGAGAAAACAAAAGAUAAUGAGUCACCACAAUUACCCAAGAAAGUGUCUGAUAUUUGCUUAAAUUUUAUGACCAAGGCUCGAUCGGCCGCAACUAGAACCCGCACACAGACAGCAUCAGAGUCGCCGGCUCCAAACAGGAAGUUAAUGAAAUGGGUGGUUGACAACGGUAAAUGGAUGCGAAUUCCUAUAAGUGCUGAUGAUGAUGAGUCUGAAGCGAUGGUAAAUUCUAAACCAGAAGAUCAUGAUGAGAAUGACAGUCAAAGGCAUGUAAUGGAACGAAAAACAGUGAUAAAAGCCAGCAAUAAUGAUACAUGUAUUCGACUUACGAAGUCUGAGAAUAUUGAGCAAAACAAAAAUAUCGUAUUAGAAGAUGUGAUAGUAACCAUAAAUAAUACCAUUGAAAUAGAAACAGAAUCUUCUUACAACUGUGUCAAUGGUGUCAAUACAGACGCAACUAAAGCUUUUACGAUUGUUGAAGAUCAAUCACUUAAAACACAUGACUCACAAGCAAACCAAAAUAUUCCUGUUGCUAUUCUUGUUUUAAACACAACGGUCGAUCGGCUUGUAAAGGCUUCGGAUGACGAAAAUGCAUUAUCUCCAAAUAAAACGGAUGCAAAGGAAAUAAUACAAAACGACAUUCAAACGCUGCACAUAACUGAACAGCGACUGCAUGAAAAGAAAACCAACGUUACUUCAAAUGAUGAAAUAACUGAAGACAAAAUUGAAGAACACAGCGAAUCCAAACCCCUAAAAGCUCUGGUGUUCAAUUCUGAGACUGAUUUAAAGAAACCAACUUUGAAACAAAGAUUGUUUCGCAAUGAUCAAUCGAAUUUUGCAGAUGUUAUAAUAAGCGAAGAAGGCUUAAAUGAUGGAUUUAGAAAAUCUUCAAGAUUACUUGACCAAAAAGUUGAACAAAUAGGUGAGACGGUUAUCAAUGAAAACAUUGAAAACGACGUUAAAAUAAUAGGAACUGCACUCGAUGAAGCCAAGUGUGGUACCGAAAAACAUCAAAUCAGACAAGAAUUAUUGUUCGGAAUUUUGGACAGUUUUAAUAGACGCAAACCGCGUAAAAUGUAUCGAUCACCAGUACGUAUUCCUGCGCAAAAUGAUUUCGCGAGCCAAAUGAAGCUGCCUGAAGCAAUUCAAGGAACUUCAAAUUCAAGACGUACUGAGCCUAGUAACAAUAUUACUCAGGUCCACAUGGGCGGCAAUGAUGCUUCUUCGAUUCCAAAAUUGAAAGCUGUUAAAAUAGACGAAGAAAUAUUUGAAAGCGAAACCCCAAACCCGUGUGAUGUAGAGGGUAAGGUAUUGUCAUCGGGUUUGGAAAGUAUACGUCGAAACAGUUUCAGACAUGAGACAAUACACAAUUCACUGGACUCCAUUGACAGGGGUAAAGUCAUGGCACUGCACAUGCGCAAGUCGAAGACCUUUGCUGGCCUGUGUGCCGAGGACAGAGAUGAUGACAACAACCAUCGCUAUGAGGGUAUGCGUGAAACAGAGUCAACUUCAAGAAGCAGCGCCGUAAAUGCAUCGCAGAACGAUGAUGUCUCCGAUGUGCCGCUGAGGGUUAAGUCACCUGAACAGAUAGCACGACAACAACAAAGGCACAAGCGUACACUUGAAAGGCUGCUCUCUGAAAUAGCAGAGGUCGAGGAAAGUAGGGAAGGGGUCACUGCAACAUUUGAGAGCAAACGUGAGCACCAUCAUAAGCAUCAGCAGCAGCAGCAGCAACCACAGAAGCAACCACAGCGACCUAGAAGUAGCAAGGACCAGCAGCGUGGUCAGACGCCCCUACCACGUGGAAAUAAGCAUCGGAGCUUGAGCCUUCCCACAGGUACUUUGGCUUUUGGCAACACCCGGAUCGUUUACAAGGAUGGGCAUUUCACCUUUGAAACCAUGGCAACCAAUGACCUUGACUUUCACAAUGAGCAGACUGGUUUCCAGGGCUCAGCUGACAAUGUAAGCAUGCCAGAAACAAGUCCAGAAGAAUAUUCAAGGGAGGCUAUCCAAAGUUUCAGAAGCAGUCCAAGGGAGGCAACCAAAAUGCAUAAUAAACCAUCUCUACGCAGACAGAUUGGAAAAGCUGCUCUGGCAAAUGGCGAGAGCCAAGAGGACGUGUUUUACGCUGAUGGUGAUGAUCAUAUUCAGAACAAAUGCUUGAGUGAAGAGUUCAGUUUGUCUAACUUGGCUCCCUGUCUCGAUGACUACAUGAACGAAUCUUAUUUGAGUAAUUAUUCUGAAAACAAUUUAACGGUGUCAGACAGACUGAGUGUGGACUCGGACGAUAAAUUUGAAUCUCAAAUUAAAAAACUGAGCAGUUCUAGUCUACCAGAGGGUGUAAAGGAUGAGGAGGUUAAGCGAGUGAUGCAGCGAGCGAAACGGACGUCAAGUUUUCGCCAGGCCCAAGAAGUUGGGUCUCUGAGACUAUCUGGUAUAAUGGAAGAUGCAAUACAUAACAGUUCUCGAUCGAGUGUAGUUGCCAUAGACGACAGUGGCACAAACAGUGGCAAUAACUCACCAAGUGUUCAAAAUCAAAGUUCUACUUUCAUCAAGAAGAUGAUGGCCAAACGGAAAUCUGCGAACGAAAAUCUGAGUUUGACGACUGCGAACAAACCAAGUGAAUCUGCUAAAGACUUUUUCUCAAAGAAAGUAAAUUUCAAAGGUUUUUUCAAAAAGAACAAAUCAGACUCCUCUGUUAGUGCUAGUCCAUUGAAAAUUGACCAUCCCACUUCUCCCCCCAUCGCCGUGUUUCACCAAGACGACAUUGAAAGCGUCGCUACACCCCCCAGUUCGCCAUAUGCAAAUCGGGAAUUUCGUCGUCGGCAUACCUCUGCCGAUAUUUACCCUUCCAAGCCCCAUUCCGAUUCUGGGGAAGUCGACUCCAACUGCCCCACACCUACCCAAGAGCGCUGUAACUUUCGCCAGUCAGUGUCUAAUCCUACCACCCCUAUCCAUGAACUCAAUUCAAAUGCUUUAAAAUGCGUGUACGCAAGAACGAAGCAAGUUGGAACUGUAACUCCGCGAGAUGAUGAUCAAAUGAGUGUCUCUUCUGCUUGCAGUAUUAGCAGUAGUAUACAAUCCCCACCGCCAUUAGAACAACCAAGCAAACCAAAGACUCCCAAACCUGCUACCAUCACCGCCUCACCGCGCAGAAAUCCCAGUUCCUCGUCAAGUUUAUCUCGCUUGGGUUCACAGUCCUCCAUCAAAGCCAGAAAUAACUCGUUUAACUCUCUAGACUGUGAUAUUAACAUUGAUGAUGCGCGAUGCGAAUGUGAUCUCCCUCCAAGGUCCGCAACCCUUGGGCGGCGCCGAAGAAAUUCUGAUCUGACUCUGACUUCCACGGAUUCAUCCUCGAUGUGCCAAUAUUGUACUUGGAUGGCGAACAGCGAAAGUGUGGGAUUUAGUUACAGGUCAUUGGGCAGGCCAAGAAAGAGGUCUGUUUCCAAAGACAAGAUGUCAGAACGUUCGCCAGUCGCUAGAAAGGACUCGUAUGACAGGCUGGGGAUCAUCAUGCAGACUGACGUUACCUCCAGUAACAGCAACGACAGCGGCAUUCAGCGGGACGUCAGUGCUGACUCCAGUAACGAGUCUUUGAAGGCAGUCCAUGAAGGUCACAUUUGCAUACAGCGGGACCAGUCCACUUCACCCCACCCUGACCGGAGCAAGUCUGAGGUCGGAGUACGGUGGGCCGAUGUGGAGAUCUCUGACACGGUUGCUGCAGAUAUGACAGAGACGUCAGUUGUGUUGAGGCACCACGAAGGUUUCAGUCGACCCAGACCUGUCUCCUGUGUUAUUGACCAUAAUAUUCAGCUUUUUGAUGAGCUGUUUGAGCGUGUCUUAGUCCAGGAAUGGGACGCAGAGGGAAGUUCGUGCCUGUUCGAGCGGUUACGCGCGUUAGGCAGUGAAAUUAACCUGCAGCCCUAUGGCAGCCUGCGCAAUCUCUAUGAGAUGAGGCGGCGUGACAUCGACAGGCAGAAAAACCGACGGAUGUCAACGCCUCAUCCAAUCAAAUCUCGUCUGCAGCGGUCGCCACAGAAACUGCAGAAGCAGCCUGCCCUGGUGCGUUCCAGUAGCAUGCCAGAGUGCCUCGACAAGCUGCACAAGCGACGCAAAAUGCAUCAUUUAUUAGAUUUCCACAUGGACAACCUGUCCAAACACAACGACAAUGACAGUCUUUCAGGCGACUCGGAUCUUUCAUUCGACCAAACCAGUCUACAAGGCAAGAGUCUGAGUGUACGAUCAUCAACCAGUCAACUUACAGGACUGGAUGAGUAUGAAGACGCCCUGACGUACGCAGAGGCCUUGUGGGACCACAUCACCAUGGACCAGGAGGAGCUCGUGUUUCGGGCCCAAGACCUCAUUGAGGUUGUCGACAUGGCUGACAGGGACUGGUGGUACGGGGUCAUAGAGGACCGGGAGGGCUGGUUUCCGGCUGCGUUUGUACGGAUACGGGUGAAUCAAAUUCAAAUGGAAGAUGACAUAGACACCUCAUUUGCUGCCCCCUUAUUGGCCAGUCCGAAACUGCGGCGUAUCAGCAUCAUGAACAAGGACCAGGCUCGCACCAAUGUGGUGAACGAGAUAAUCAACGCUGAACGAGAAUAUGUGAAACAUCUGAAAGAUGUUGUGGAGGGCUACAUACAGCACGCGCGAAAACGUACAGAAAUGUUCCCGGAGGCGCGCAUUCAGCUGAUAUUUGGCAACAUUGAGACUAUCUACAAGUUUGCCCUCAAGUUUGUGGGUCAGCUCGAGACCUGUAUAGACGUGUGUCCACACCUCAGUGAGAUAGGGCAGUGCUUUCUGGAUAACGAGCGAGGAUUUGAGAUCUACUCUGACUACUGCAACAAUCACCCCUCGGCCUGUGAAGAGCUCAAAGAGCUGUGUAGGGACUCCAAGUAUAAACAUUUCUUUGAGGCGUGUCGUCUGCUGCAAGAGUUAGUGGAGAUCCCACUGGAAGGUUUCCUGCUCACGCCAGUCCAGAAGAUCUGCAAGUACCCUCUGCAGUUAGCGGAACUUCUAAAAUACACCCCUCCAGAGCACCCGGAUUUUGGGCGCGUCCAGGCGGCCCUGUCAGCCAUGAGGAAGAUAGCGAGACUAAUCAACGAGCGCAAGAGAAAGAUGGAGAGUAUAGAGAAGAUAGCAGCCUGGCAGCAUAGUGUCGUCGACUGGGAGGGUGGGGACCUCCUCGAGCGCAGCUCCGAGCUGAUCUUCUCUGGGGAGCUCACCAAGGUCAACAGCGCAGGCUGGGCCCAGGAACGAGCCUUCUUCCUCUUUGACCACCAGAUCAUCUACUGCAAGAAGGACCUGUUGAAGAGACAUGUGUUCAUCUACAAAGGUCGGAUUGACCUUGACCACUGUGAUGUCAUCGAUCUGGAGGACGGCAAAGACCACCAAUACAACACAGCUGUGAAGAAUGCAUGGAAAUUUCAUGAGACACGUAAAGACAAGUGGUACCUGGUGUGUGCAAAGAAUGCGGCAACCAAGCAGCGAUGGCUGAAGGCAAUACAAGAUCAGCGACAGAGAGUUAUAGAGGACCAGGAAAAUGAUUUCUGUGUACCAGACCACUGGAAGCAGACGGUAUUGAACAAAGUGCGAUCUCACUCCAAUUUGAAAGACAAGCACUCGUCCCGGCGCCCUUUACACGGUCAGCUCUCCCUACACAAGGAUUUCAAGGACUCUGGAUAUUCAUUGUUACCACGGCAACGAAUCUCCUCCAGCGACAGCAAAGGGGACAAGAAGGGGUUCUGGUCGAAGCUUGGCGGGGGAAAGAAAACCAAGAGAUGAGUUUAGGAUGUGACCUCUAUUGGAAAUGCGGUUUCGAGCACAUUUUGUGAUACUUCUGUUCCGUAAUGACAGGGAUGGAGAAGACUUGAAACAAAUUUUAUAAAUCAUGUUUAAAUUUUAUUCAAAAUGGGAGGCAGGGAUAGAAACUGACUUGUUACGGUAAAUAGGCAAUCAUCUCCAGUACUUUGGUCGCCUAGAACCAAGUACAAGUCAUAAUUAUCUCAUGGUUUUAUGUAACAAAACAAAAUCAGACAAUAUUAUAAAUGGUGAAAAUAUGGUUUCAAUACCAGUAUGUGAUACAACCAUUAGAUAAUGACAUGCAUAGAGAAGACUUAAGGAACAUUUUAUGAAUUGUGAUAACAACUUUAUUUCAGCGGUUUAAUGAUAUUGUAUUAAAGGUUUUUUAUCAAGUUGAAAUGGAGGUAAUUGUGUGAGAUUCAGUCAGUGUUUUCCUGUCAAAUAUUCUUCAACGUUUAAUUUCAGGCUUUUAAUUCAAUUGCAAGUUCCAGCAAUACUUUGAAUACUAUGAAAUAGUAAUAUGUUUUAAUGGUAUAAUGGAUAUUUCAAUACUAUAACAGUUGAACAAAUCAUUAUAAAAUAUAGCACGAAUUUUAACCUGCUGCCUUUAUUUUCUGUUGUUUCACAGUUCUAAAAUGCUUCAGGCAAUCCAUUGAAAUGAUGCAUAACAAAGGCAAUCAAUUUUUAUUUGUUGAACAAAUAUUUUUAAAUCAAUGAAAUCACAAUUUUUAUUCUAUUGUCACAUUGAAAGGUGACAGGCUAAAGUGCAAUAACUUUCUUUUCAAAUUGUUAAUGUUUUAUCGUGUAUUAUAAUGCUCAUGUCUGAGACAUAAAUGUUUCAUGUUUAUAUGUGUCCUAACUUCUGAAGGUUUUAGGAAAGAUAAACUUGUAUUAUGUUUGUGAUCAUAUCACAGUAAAUGUGUUUAUUCGUAUCAAUAUCCUGUAAGACAGUGUGAUAAUAUCGCAGACAUGCUUUCAUGGCCCUACAUCUGUGCUUAUAUCACGCAUGUAAGUUUCCUCAAAAAAUGUUCUGAAAACCUUUUUUGUACUGAUAUUUAUAAUGAAUGUUUGUACUAACAAAAUAUUGAAGGAUGAGUCAACCAAGAAGUAAUUUAUCUCAAAGAUUAAUGCAAGAGUUUUAACAAAAUACCUGCUUUCAAAAAGUUCUUUUAUGAACAAACAAUGGUAUAAUUUUAAAAAAAACUAUGUUGCAGAAAUUGUUCAUCAGAGCUUGAAACUUUAAAAUGACGCUGAAAUGCAACACAUAGUGAUGAAAAAGUUUUUGUAUAAAAAAAUAGAGGAUAAUAUUAAGUGCUAUUAAAUUAAAUGGUCCUUUGGCCAUCAAUUGUGUUUUGGUAAUUAAUUGUUUGUAAAAUAUAACACAAGUUACUAAAGCAUCUAUAUAUAAAAUAGGCCUUUAUGUAAUUAUUUAAAUUGUACAUUUUGAUGUAGAUUUCAAUGUAUUUGAAUGCAUUAUGUAUUGCAUAUUUAUUUGUACUUAAUUAUUAUAAUUAUUUUGCGUGUGGUAAAGUGAUUUAAUUUUGUACAUUGAAUAACAUUAUUGAAUGUGAGAAUAUAAAAUCUAUGUUACUGUUUUGAGGAAAUAUUUGUAAACUUGAGUUGCACUCACGACAACAAUAAAAAUACUUAAAAUUG